CUUUUUGGUCGGUCGGCCUAUGGUAGACGGUCGGGAAAUCGGAAACUUCGCAUGCAUAGCCCGGAUGACACUGUCACGGCACUGGACCGGCCACCGAAAGCCGUUGACCUUUGCUGUCGCCGUGACUCGACACAAGCUACCAGUCGUGCCAUCCGAUCCGGAUGCAAUGUGCAAUCGAUGUUAGCGAUGUUUGGAUGGAUGACCCCAAAACAAAACAAAAAAAAAAUGGAGGGACCUGCAAUCGGGUGGAGGAGUUGAAUUAAACGCAGCUGGGAUGAUGUGCGGAUUUGGCCAGAAGAAUUGCGAAGGAGGCAGCCAGUGCAAAUGCUGUGUGAUAUUUCACAAACUUCGUGCGUUUAAGAUUACGCGUUUUUUUAGCAAGCAUGCAGUCAGUUGGUAGACGGUUUUGUGGCAGUUUUUCCACCGUGGAGGGAGAUUUUCGUGUUCUAGCGGAAGCGGAGAAGAAACCGUACAGGCUGCGGGUAGGUGAUCGAAUGUGGCGACGCUACCGUUUACAACCGCAAAAACCUAACCUCUUGCUCACUGACACGGUGCAACCAUCUUGCACCGUUGAUGGGAAGGGGCAUGUGGAGUAGGGAUGGAUUUCUAAUGAGGUGGAGCGAGCGAGGGCUUGUUCUGACCGGGCCCAGGGUACGGGGUAUGUGAGUAGAGUACCGUUUGCUGAUUGCAUCGUUUGCACACUGUACGGCAAAUCGGUUCCAAGGUAUAUAAAGCUUAUAUAAAUCGUGCCACCAAAGUUGUUGAGCUUUCAGACGCCUGCUGUUCGAUAGUACUCUCGGUUGCUCGGUGCCCACUAGGUGACUGGUAUCUGAGAUUGCGUGGUGCUACAAAUCAAAAACCAUUCUUACCGUUCCGUACUUGCUCUGGAUGUGUUACGCGCACGUGUUCUUCAGUGACAGAAGCACAAAGGGUGACGGAACAAAAGAGUUCUAGAAACAGUGAACGCAUCUUUUAGCUAUUUGCUUGAUAAAGGCGGUGUAUGUGAUUUGCCGUGAAGAGCCUAGUGUGUACAGCUGCAUCAAUCCAAUACUACUGUGUCGACUCUCAACGUGCCGAUAAGGAGUCCGGAUAAACGUCAACCAACGCCGAAUCUUCCUCAACCUAGACAUAGACAUGUCUGCAACGAGCUGGAACUUCUGGAGUGCAUCCCAAUGGAUAGUUCUUUGGUGUCUAGCCAGUGUGGCCAUUGUUUUGAUACCAACCGCAUCCGCUGAUAUGCCGUUCGAUACGAAGCCGGAAUUCAUCAAGACAUGCCGGUUCGAUCAGCCAAACUUCGUUGAGUGUUCCACCGAGUCCGUCCAGGGACUAUUCGACAAGCUAGUAACCGGUAUCGAAGGGCUAGAGCACGUCGGUACGAUCGAUCCAAUGAAAAUCAGCAAAAUAAGGAUUCUGCAAGGUGAUGGACCGGUCAGUGUCAACGCGUCACUCUCCAAGGUGGUGGUCACCGGUUUUGCCAGCACGAAAGUCGUCCGAAACGUUGUCAGCAGUAAGGAUUUCGGCUGGGAAACUCACAUUCGUUUGCCAAAGAUGCGGCUUGAAGGGAACUACCACAUGCAGGGCCGGAUACUGGUGAUUCCCCUGAACGGACACGGCAAGUGUUGGUUCGAACCAAGUGGCAUGGACAUCAUUAUGCGUACGACGACCAAUCUGUACCAGAAGAAUGGGCACGUGUUCUACAACGUUACCGCCACCAAGGUAGAUUACACCAUUUCCGGGCUUCGGCUGCACAUGGGCAACCUGUUCGAGGGUGUGAAGGUGCUGGAGGACAGCACGAACCAAUAUCUGAACGAUAACUGGCGCCCGGUAUCAGAGGCACUGAAGCCGAUCAUUGCCAAAACCAUCGAGGACAUACUGCUCGCGAUUAUGCAGAACAUUUUCCACCAGAUUCCGGCCGACUACUUUGUGGCGGAUCUGCCCCGUUCGUAAGGUGGGAACGUCACCGCUGGUUUUGCAAUGGUGCAAUGGUUUUUUUGGGUGUGUUUUGUUUGCCCAACUGGUGAAGCGUACUGUAAAUAAGAUUUUACCAUGUAUUAUGCUUUUUCUUUUUUUUUUUGCUGAACCAUAGUUGUAUGGAAUAUUAGUCUAUGCGACUGUACUUAUCAUUUUGGUAUCGUUGGCACCCAUGGUGACUGAAGAGGGGAUUUUUUUUUUUUUCGUUGUUGCAGUACUUACACCUACAUAGCACGAGAUCUCAAAAGCAAAACGUUUCAUACGGAUCAACGAAAAGAAAAAUCCUUUCUUAGCUGUACUA